AUGGACUACGACCCGAUGGUGAUGGAUGACGCCGAGGCGUUGGGCCCGGUUGUCAAGAUUUCCCAAGCAGACUCUGUACGCGUCAAGUACGAGCUUUCGAAUGCCGAUAUUGCCUUCGCGAACUCGCUCCGCCGCGUCAUGCUCGCCGAAAUUCCCACAAUAGCCAUCGAUUUGGUCGAGAUUGAAGAAAACAGCUCGGUUUUGGCCGACGAGUUUAUCGCCCACCGUCUCGGCCUCAUCCCACUUAACGCCGAAGGUGUCGAGUCUCUGCUCUACGGGCGCGACUGUGACUGCGACGGAUUCUGCGAGCACUGCAGCGUUAGGCUUACCCUCCACGCGAAGUGCACGGGCGAUGAGAAUAUGCAUGUUUUUGCGCGCGAUCUGGUUCCCACAGGCGAACGCGUCAACCAAGUUCUCGGCACACCCGUGCUGUCAGAUGCGGAAGGGCUCGGCCCGCUCAUCCUGAAGCUUCGGCCGGGCCAGGAGAUCAAGCUCGAGUGUAUCGCCAGGAAGGGCAUCGCGAAGGAGCACGCAAAGUGGGCACCCUCAGCCGCCAUCGGCUUUGAGUACGACCCGCACAACAAGCUUCAUCACCUCGACCUCUGGUACGAGUCGGAUCCAAAGACGGAAUGGCCACCAAGCGAGUAUGCCGCCUGGGAGGAGCCUCCGCAAGAAGGAGAGCCGUUCGACUACGACGCCGUCCCAAAUCGAUUUUACUUCAACGUCGAGAGCGCUGGAAACCUCUCGCCGGAUACGAUUGUAAGCGAAGGCAUCAAGGUUUUGCAGCAGAAGCUUGCUGGUCUUAUUCACGAGCUCGCCGACGAGGGUGGGAACAGCAUGAACGGAGACUACAACGGCCCGCGCAGUCCAGAGUACGGAACCGGCGCCGAUGGCUUCGGCGGGUACACGACGCCGUUCGGUAAUGCAGGCAACCAGAGUUCAUGGGGCGGUGCUGGCGGAACGACACCAUACGGGACGACACCUUACGGCGCUGGGCAGUCCAGCUGGCCAUGA